ACAGCGCUCGCGAGCGAACGCUUAGCGGGUACAUUGUCACAUAUCACUUACAACAUCGUGAAGUGUUCGUUAUAAUUGCAAUAAGUUUUAGUAACAACAAACUUAAACUAAAAGUGAACUUAAUCAAAUAAAAUAUAUGCACGGACAAGUUUUAAUCGACCAAACAUUUGAGAUACAAGCCAAAGAUGAUCUUCCAAUACAAUAGACGAUUGAGAAACAAACAAGAAACACUAAACCGCAGAUAGGUAGAAAGAUCAUGAUCUAGUUCUAUAGAUCAUGCGAAGAACAUAAUCAUAUGAGUCCUCAAAUCUCCCUCCGUAACGUCGCUUCCUUUUAUCACUAUAUUAAAUAGCAAUACGCAAAGUGCCUCUAUUUACUUAAUAGUUACCAAGAUUAGAUACAGACGCAUAUUUAUUGAAGAAAUAAUAUUAGAACUAGAAUAUAACUAAUAAUAUCUAACUGCCUUAAGUGCCAAGAGAUUUUUUUAAAUAAUAAGGAUGUCACACGGAGCUGUGAAAAGCACAAAGAAUGGGAACAGCUCUCACGCCGCCGCGGCCGAGACGUCGAGGGAGAGCUCGGAGAGCCUGCCGCCCCCCCCAGACGGAGGGUGGGGUUGGAUGGUGGUCUUCGCGUCCUUUAUGAUUCACAUAGUCACUGAUGGCAUGACCUACUCGUUCGGCAUUUUCUACGCGGAGUUCCUGACCUACUUCAACGAAGGCAAAGGCAAGACUGCGUGGAUUGUAUCAAUUCUUGUCGGGGUUACGCUUAGUUCAGGUCCAGUAUCAAGUUCUUUCGUGAACCGAUGGGGCUGUCGAACAGUUACAGUGGCUGGGGCUGUCCUGUCUGCAACUUGCGUUGUGGUGUCAGCCCUGGCGAAUAAUGUCACUACCCUCAUCUUUACUAUAGGCAUUGGCGCAGGCCUGGGCUUCGGACUGAUUUAUCUUCCAGCUAUCGUCAGCGUUACUGUCUGGUUCGAUCGCUACAGAAGCCUUGCGACAGGUAUUGCGGUUUGCGGCUCAGGUCUCGGCACAUUUCUGUUUGCACCAAUCACGUCAGCUCUAAUUUCAAAUUAUGGAUGGCGAGGAGCAAUGGCUCUUAUUGGAGCCUUCAUACUCAACUGUAUACCAUUAGGGCUAAUGUUUAAACCAGUACCUGAACGACCGAGAACACCGGUCUCUGAACCUAUGUUACCUAAACCGAAUAAAUCGCCCUUGAAAAAAUCACAGAGCACCGAACAAAUAACGAAAGCAAACGGAAAGCUUGAAGAUGACGUGGCAAGACUGACCUUAUCCCAACCCGCCUUAAAUAAACCACACGAGCAAAAGAGUAUAGCGAAUUCACGGCACGGAAGUGGUAUUAUGCAACGGCCAGAUGUACUGUACCAAGGCAGCAUGACUAGCUUAGCCAAGUUCAGGAGUACAUCUCCUGAAAGAAUUCAGAUAUCCAUUAAAAAAAAGGAGCGAGAACAAAAAUGUAGUUGGUUACCUUGCUCGGAAGAAUCAAAAGCUGCGCUCGCUGAAAUGCUCGACUUAACUCUGCUAGUCGAUCCUAUAUUUAUACUAUUUUCUUUAUCAAACUUUUUAACUAGCAUAGGAUUUUAUAUACCGUACGUUUACACAGUGCCUAUGAGCGAGAAGCUAGGCGUAGAGAAUUCGCCAUAUUUAAUAUCUAUAAUAGGUGCAUCCAAUUUAGUUGGCCGUAUUGUUUUGGGGUAUAUCAGUGACAAACCUUGGGUUGAUCGCUUAUUGGCCUAUAAUGUGUGCCUUACAAUCGCUGGAAUUAGUACCGCAAUGGCAAUGGUUUGCUGGGAAUUCUGGGGUCUGGCUGUAUAUGCUACAUUUUUUGGAUUUACUAUUGGCGCUUACGUUGGUCUAACAUCUGUAGUAUUAGUGGACCUUCUUGGCAUUGAAAAGUUGACAAAUGCAUUUGGUCUACUUUUGUUAUUCCAAGGAAUAGCUUCCCUUAUUGGACCACCUUUUGCAGGUUGGUUGUAUGACACGUUGCAUUCAUACGCACCUGGUUUCUACGUAGCUGGUGGAACGAUAUCAGUCAGCGGGUUAAUUCUCUUCUUCAUCCCCAUGCUGCAGAGGAGAAUGAAUAACAGAGAAAUAAUGAUAGAGCAAAUUUAGCAGGAAGCGCUUCGAGGGCCUUGGCGCGACUAUCCGAUCAUCGUGCUGAACAGUCCCUCGACCCCGACCUCCGUGGGUUCAACGGAGGACACCUACAGCAACAGGGUAUAUACAACUACAAUCGUAGAAAAAUACAAUAAAGAUAGUAAUGCUAAGGCAGAUAAUUACGAAUAUGUAAAUAUUGAUAGCAUAGAUGAAAGCGAUGUAUUUUUUAAUAACAAAAAUCAAGCUCAUUCCAAAGAUUGCGUGAAGAGUGAUUAUGAUUAUUUUUAAUAUAAAGUGUGAAAAUAUAAACUGUAAAUGUAACUAAUAAUAUAAAUAGAUAAUCCGCGUAUUGUAAAUAGCUAAUAACUUCAAAAACAUCACUUAGCAUCAGUGCUAUUGCCGCAGAGCUAACUUCAUCAGUUUUUGACCACAAUUGCUAGUCAGUCUUAAAUGCAACCAUGAUUUUUUGUUAAUAUUGCGUUUAUUAGUAGUAAGUUCAUUACCCGGUUUUAUGUGGCUUCGCAUUUUUGAAGCCAUUUGUACAAAGUUAACACCUUUAGACGAACAUCUCACUCUUUAAAUAUGGAAAGUUUUACCGUUUUGUUAAGCAUUGAUUAAGCUAAUACAUAAGUAUAACACUUUUUAAUUACGAUAUAUUUUAUAAUUAUAAUUUACAAUGUUUCAAUUUUACCUUACUAUCUAAGCAUAAAUGUAUAAAUAAUACUUAAUCUACCAGCUAUCUUCGUAAGAAUCUAUGAACUUUUACAUAUACAUUAUAUAUUGUAAUGGAAUAAUUUGAUUAUGUAUAUUAAAAAUGUAAUUUUCAUUUGUAUAUAAAAUGUUACUUACUGUAAAUAUGUAGAUAACUGUUCAUCAAAUGCCUUAUCGCGGACCAAUAGCUGUGGUUAUAUUGUAAUUGUGGUCCAAAAUAUCUAAUUAUUUCGAUGCUAACCUUAAUAUUAUCCCAAUAUUAGGUAAAUACACUUUUCUUAUCCUUAAUAUGUUUGUCUUUAUGAAUGCUCCUUUAUGCCCUUAACUUAAAUGUGAUAACUUAAUUUCAAUAUUAGAUAAUAAAUACUAUAAAUGAAAACGUUCGUUUGCAUUUUAAUUUCAACAAAAACUUUUCAAACCCUUUCUGGACAUGCAUUCAUAAGAAAUAAAUGCAUAUCGGACGAACAUACAUUAUUUCUUUAAAGACUUUGAAAUUAAAUGAAAUUUUAUUUAUUUUUCUCCACAUUAUGAUAUGUACAUAUUAAUUAUUAUAAUAAUUAUUGUAAGUCAGUUAUUUUCAAACUAGUCUUACCAGCAGAAUCCUUUAUUUGCUUUGUGCCGAAAUACGAUAACCUUAAUAUAUUAUAAUAUUAAAUUGUUUGUAAAAAAGAUUUGAACUGUAAAAACCAGACUGACGGAUGUAUAAUUUUGUACAAAAAAUAUUAACAAUAUUCCUCAUCGCUGUAAGUGAAAUAACUUACAUUGUAAAUAUGACUUGAUUAAAGUAACCACAGCAAUC